AUGCCAUCCAGAAUGGAACAAUCAUACGAGAAGCUUCCUUCAUCACGACAGAGCAAAAUGAAGAUCGACGCUCUACUCAACCCGGGCGAUGAUGAUUCAGACUCUCCACGACCCAAGCACGUCUCACUCCCAUAUCGUCACAGCUACCAUCAACCCUCACCAACUUUCCCCCCAAGCCCCAACUACUGGUACAACCAAGGCUAUCACGACAGCCCAGAAGCUUCGUCCGCCAAACACAAUUAUCCCGAUCAUUUCUCCCAGCAGGCCCAGGUCUUUGUCAGUUACCACCACAACAACCAACCGCGCGGCAGCACAAGCACAAACCACAGCUCGCUCUCCGCUCCCUCCUCACCAGACCCUUACCACUCCCGUGAACGGUACUCCAGCGUCUCGAGCAGUUCCUCAACAAAUGGUGACCGCCGUCGUCCCCCUCGUCCAAAAUACGAGGAAGAGGAGAUGUACUUUAUCUGGUACCACCGAGUCGACCUGUGUCAGGAAUGGAAAGAGGUCCGCGAGGCUUUCAACCGCCAGUUCCCGAGUCGCCAGAGAAGGGGUUUCCAGGGCAUUCAGUGCAAGUUCUACCGCUUCAUCAAGGAAAAGAAGUGUCCGACUCUGCGGGAGCAGAGGCGCAUGCGCGAUGGCGAGUUCCUUCGAGAUGGCGCCUCGGCUGCGCUUACUGGUGACGGGGGCGGAGCGCCGAAGUUUGGCGUCAGGGAAUAUACCAACGUUUGGUAUCCUUGGAUGAGAAAAGGGGACACAGAUGCGAUGCAGCGCAUGUGA